AGACUUCAAACACACCGGAAGCCAAAACAGGUGGUCCAGUGCUUUCAAUCGCUUUAUUAAGCAAACGGUAACAAAAACACAAGACAGAAAACAGAGGCACAUUUGGAGCACACCUAUCGGUGGCCUCAACUGACACCGUCACUGAACACCACAGCGGCUAAUGCUAACCAGGAAGUCAGCCACAAGUAUGCCGCAAACAUUCGAUGUUCACUUCCAUGUUGCUGACCGGACCGGACCGGACCAGACCAGACCUGCCUUUCAAAGGGUUAACAGAUCCGGGGUUAUCACUGAACCUGCUUUCGAAACGGACGCCGGACGUAACAACAAAACUGCCUCUGCAAGGCCAAGUUGAUGUCCUGUUGAAGGCAGUCGGCGACACCCCCAUCAUGAAAACUAAGAAAUGGGCCGUGGACAGGAGCAGAACGGUGCAGUCGCUUUCUCAGUUCAUCUCUCGCUUUCUCAAACUGGAUGCCAAUGAACAACUGUUCAUUUAUGUUAACCAGUCGUUCGCGCCAUCACCGGACCAAGAAGUGGGGGUCCUCUUUGAUUGUUUUGGAAGUGACAGCAAGCUGGUUCUGCAUUAUUGUAAAUCUCAAGCUUGGGGUUGAUUUCAGUUUUGGCCCUGAUUUGUCCAUUUUAAAGGUGACGAUAUGAAUUUGUGAACAUUGUUUUCCACCAAUAAGAUUCUGUUAACAUCAGAGCUAACCCAUUUUUUAUGUUUCAUGUACAUAUUGUAAAUAAAUUCUCAACAAUAU